AUGCCUCUUCGAAAGCGUGCUGCCGAUAAUCAGGGCCCUGCUGGCGACACAAAGAAAGCAAAGGUCAACUCAGGCAGUGAUGCAGUCAGCAACACCGAUUCCAAUGGAGAUCAGUACUGGGAAAUCUCCAAGAUGCGCCGUGUGACUGUCUCCGAGUUUCGGGGCAAGACCAUGGUGAGCGUGCGAGAGUACUACGAGAAGGAUGGCCAGGAACUUCCUGGCAAGAAGGGUAUCUCCAUGACGCUCGACCAAUUCUCCGCCCUCAUCAAGCUCCUCCCGGACAUCGAACAAGCGGUCAAGAAGCAGGGCGAGUCGUUGCCUCGACCCGCGUACACUGGAGCUGCGGAGCAGGUGGAUGCUGAGGACGACCAAGAGAUCAGCAAUGCCAGUCCCUCCAAGCAGAAUAUCGAGGCUACGAGCGAUGAAGACAGCGACUCAUAG